AUGACUACUGCUAAUUCAAAUAAAUAUACUAAUUUUCGUAUGGAUCGUCUUUUACGUAAUUCUCAAAGUGAAAAUAUUUUUCCACAACAACAACCACAAUAUAAUUUUUGGCCAUAUACUCAAAAUUUUUCUCCUAUACAACAACAAUCCUCUCCACUAAAUUCACAACAACACCAACAAUAUUUAAAUUCAUUUCUUUUUCCGUCUACACCUUUUUAUAAUUUAUCUCCAAAUUUUUCAACAUUUUUUUCUCCUCCUCCACCUCAAUCUUCUUUAAAUCCAAAUCCAUUUUUAACAGCAUUUUUAACAUCUUUAUUUCAAAAACAAUUUAUUCAUAAUCAAUUACAAAAACAACAAAUAACUUCAAUAUUUCAACAAAAUACACCUCCGUCAAUUAAUUCAACACCCGGAACUAGUAAUAGUGAAAAUAGUUGGAGAACAAAUAACUCUUCAAAUAAUUUAACUUCAUUCAAAUAUCCAAAUAAUAUUUCUUCUACAACAACAUCAAAAAUUGUUGAAAAUGUAGCUGCUAAAGAAAAGAUAUCAUUAAAUAAAAGAAAAAAUGAAAGUAAAGAAUUAAAAGAAACACCAAAAAGAAGAAAAAUGGAUAAAAUUAACAACAACAAUAAUAUACAAAAAGUACAGUGUAAUGUUUGUGGGAAAUCGUUUGGUAGGCCAUGGUUGUUGAAUGGACAUAAAAGAAUUCAUGGUUUGGCUGUACUUUAG